UGCGAUGACAGUCAAUGCUUACGAAGCGUGGAAUUCAAAGAGGCCAUAUGGCUGACACCGCAGGCGACUAGCAUAGACAUGCAGUGUAAGGCAGACCUGCUAAAGCGCUACCAACCUCAGAUCACUACAAGUUGGGUCAAGGAUGGCUUGCCGGUCGUUGCGUCCCAGCGACUUGAGUUGGACAGCCUCGGAACCCUCCGCAUCACCAACCCGGUCCCCGAAGACCACGGUCUGUACGCCUGCCAAGCCAAGUACUGGGAUACAGUGAUCACGACCAACGAGAUACGACUCCACGCGGGCCCCCCGGGCCGUGCGCUGGGGGAGUCGUCUUUCUGGAUCGCUCAAAACAACGAUAUUGUGGGCGUGUCUAACGUCUGGGCGAUAUCCAUUAUGCUCAUCACAGCCAUUGGGAUCGUGUGGCUCUUCGUAGUAAUAGUACUCCGACUCAAACGAAGCAGAUGCUGCGGCAAGGAUUACGAGCUGGUGGCUUCCACCGCAAACUGACGACGGAGGAUAGCUGCAGGCGGCAACGGCUCGUUGAGAUGGAGCCUUGUCAGACCUACAUAAAGCGAUUUUUUUUUUAAAUAAAGCAUCAAAAUAUCCUCGAAAAAUUUCAGAAGGAAAUGCCCCAGUCGCCAUAUUGAAGCAUCUUUUGGCCUCUGGUAGGUGGAGCUUUGAUGCAGACAUCCAACGCAGGGAGGUUGAAACCAUGGAUACCUGCAACACCUGGCGUUCGAUCUUAAUUUUGUGUUGUUGCACUGGUAAGAGCGUACAGUCGCCUCAUUGAUCAUUAUAAAUGCCAAUUUUGAAGGCUGGAAUGAAAACAAAGACAGCAAUGUCCCCCUUUCUCGGUGCAAAUAUACACAUAAUUCUUUUAUUAUCAAAAUAAAGCAUUACUUUAAUAAUCAUUCACUGUUAAAAGCCCCAAAAUACCUGCAGCAGAAGGAAAUAAUUUGUAGACCCUUUAAAAAUAGUUGAUGUUCACUUCUUUUUUUGGCUAAUCUGGGUAUACCUAUCCAUCAAUGUGCAAAAAUCCUUUCCUGUAUAAAAAAGUCAGGUAUGUCUUCAUCCAUCAUAUUACAUUCUUUCAUUUAAAACAGCAAUCAAAUAACAAUUGCUUGAUUGCAAAGCAUAAACUGAGAAAAACCAAAGCAAAUCUAAACAGACAAAAGAAGAUCUACAAUCACAAACACCUGUAAGUACAGGCAAGCGUUAAAAAUGCAGAUAACUUUAUACAAAUUGAUGCAUGUGCUAUCUGGUGAUGAGCACAGACGAGAAGGCUUUUUGACUCUCCGAAUUUGAAUGCAGAGCGUCUCCCCACGAGCUUCCUCUUUCCUUGAAACUGAUUGGAAUCAGCUUCUUGGUGAGUUACACUUACUCACUCACACAUUUGAAAAUAUUGAGUUACAUUCUCAAAAAGCAACUUUCAUUUCCUAAAGAGGAAAAUCAGUUCUUUUAUCAUUUUUUCAUGCGCACAGAAACAACAAAUCGAAUCUAAUCAAUUUGCAGCACUUGGCACGACAAAAGUAAUCUAAACUAUUUUGUAUAAGCAAAACUUAAACCGAAAGGUCCAGUUUACUCAACUGGUUCACCACUACAACAUGACAUUUGUUCAUUUGGCACACAACAUAUAUACAGAUCAAACCUCACCAAAGCAUUAUUAUGUAUCUCUUGAGGAAAUGACAAGUGUUGUGUGCUGACAACUUUUAUUACCUUGACUGGUUAGAAAAAUAUACAAAGGUACACUAUGGUGUAAAUGUAACAUAUCAGAGUUGUGGACUUGCCCCUGACAAGCAUUAAGACCUGUCAUGAAAUCAAUCAACGGAGUACAGCAAUGGUUGGAUAAAGCUAAGUUAGGCUCAAUAAGUUUUGACUGGAAUAAUGUUUACCAUUAUGUCCCAGAGCACCACUUGGCAAAUCCAUUGUAGCGAAAAAAGAUAUGCUGGUUAAGUACACUCAAAUCAUAGGGAAGACAAACACUGGUGAUUCUGAGCAUUUGCACAUUAGCUUGUGCACGACAUAAACAACAGUGGACCAGUCAGGUGGGACUGGUAUAUACA